CGUUGUUUUUUUGCAGCAAAUAAUGGGCAUAAAGAUCAUUUAUUUUGCAUAGCAUAUUUAGAAUUACUAGAUUUGGAAUUACAAUAUGAUUUGGUUAAAUUUAUCAGGUCAAUGUGUGAACAUGAAAAAAAUUAUUUGUUGGCAUUGAUUUGUUGUCAUGAGCCUGGAUUACAUCAUCACAUUUUAGAUCAAUUUUCACAAGAUGUAUGUAGAACUAAUGGGCUGAGUACUGAAUCAAUGAAAACAAUCUUCCAUGAUUUGUGUCCAAAUGUGAUUUCUGUAUCUUCAGAUCUCUCUGGGCAAGGAAAAACAAAAUGGAUUAAACAAGACAGUUUGGAAAAAGGAAAAGUUACUUGUAGUCUUUUAAUCAGUGAUGGUUUAAAUUUUAGUAAGCUUGUUAGUCAACUUAAAGAAUCUAAAUUACAAAAAGUAGAAAGUUUACACUUGAACAUUGUUUCAGCUGAAAAUCCUAGUGAAGUAAACAUGUUUCUUUUUGAAUUAUUGAUUUUAGGAAUAGUUUCUAAUGGUGUAGAUAUAGCUAUUUUACCUACAACUGAAAUUUAUAUUGAGAUAGCUUCGACAACUGAACAACAAUUAUUAAAUUCUAUGCCAGUCACAAGUUAUUUGAAGAGAAAACAUUUGUCAUGGAAUAUUAAUAACCUUACAGUAUCUCAAGAAAUCAAUAGUCCAAUUCAAAUAGUAUGUCAUUAUCUAAAUAAAUUUGAUAAUAAGACUGCUGAAGAACCAGAGCUAGAUAUUUUAUUCAAAAUCAUAGUCCCUUUACCUGCAAACACGUGUCAUGAACUUAUUACAAAAUAUUUCUUUAAUCAAAAAAAUGCAGAUAACAUUUCAUCAUUUAGAUUUAUAGAAAUUUUUGUGAAUGUGUUUGCUGAUCAAUUAGUAAGGUUUCCUUCAAUUCAAUAUCUUCAAGUUGGGGACCUUAAAUUAAUGAUAAAAGAAAAAAACAUUAUAUCAACCUUAUUUGGUGCAUUACUUGAAAUAUCAAAAAAUUUUGCAACCAAGUCAAUCAAAACUAAAGCUGCUCAAUUAGAAUCAACAAAUAAUUCCGAAAUUGCAAGAUUGGGUACAAUAGUUAGAUGGGAUGAUUCAAAUCAUCUACUUGUAUUUUUCAUGUCACAAUCACCUGACUCAAUUUGUGCUCUAUAUCGUGAUAAAACAAAGGUUCCAGAUAAUGUAAAGAUGUUGCUGGAGAGUCAAUCAGUUGGACAAAAAAAAGAUGAGCUUGAUGAUUAUAAUCAAUUGGAAUCAAAAGUUCUUCUAGACAUAUUAGAAGGUCUUGCAAGAAGAACCUUACUUGAUAUUAAACAUCCUAAUUAUGCACUCUCUGCUGACAAUUUAAUCAAAAUGGCACUUAUACUAUCAAGAGCUCAUGCAAAUAUUCCAGUAAUUGUUUGUGGUGAAGCUGGUUGUGGAAAGACAAGCUUGAUAGCAUUUUUGGCAAUUGUUGCUGAAGUUGAUUUUAAGGCAUUAAAUUUACAUGCUGGUGUUCAAGAAGAAAAAAUCAUUGAAUUUGUCAGAGAUGCUCAAAAGGAAGCAGACAAAGGGGAAACAUG